CAAUCUAGUAUGGAAGCCCAUCAGGAAACAACUGGGGAUGGAAAAAAGUUACAUGAAAACCAGAUUUUAUAUAGCUAGAUCAUAUUGAAAACUGUAUUAUUACAUCAAACCAAUAUAUUUUGACAUCGUCAUGCAUGACUUUGCCAGUGGUUUAUGCAGAUAAAAAAAAAUCAGGCAAGGGGAAAUUGUGCACUUGAAUUUGUACUUCCGCGUAUAAUGUUUUUUUCCAGCGACAUACGACAACUUUCGAACAGCAAACCAUAAUAGACGUUUGUCAGUCUUUUUUUUGUUGCUGUUGCUGUAUUUUGAGUGGGGAGCGUUUGGGGCUCAGUGGUCUAACCCAGCCAUGAGCAUCAUCGGGGCCGAGGAUGAGGACUUUGAGAAUGAUCUGGACCCCACGGUGGAUGACCACAGCAGUCACUUCACCAGUAUAGAGCUAGUGAAGAGUCGGCCAACCCACCUGCUGGUCUUCCUUCAGCACGUCAUCCUGCAGUUCGACUGCUCCUCCCUGUUGUGUUACCUCCAUGCUGACCUCUUCAAGAACCUCAAUACCAAAGAGACCAAGAAGCAGUUUGUGGAGUUCUACAACAGCUUCCUGGACAAGGGCGCUAUUCUCAGAGUGCAAAUCCCUCACAAUGUGUCGUUUGAGUUGGACCGUACCAGACCAGACCUGCUCAGUGAGGAGCAGCAGAGGAAGUUUGUCCAGGAUGUCCAGUUGGCUCAGGCCCCAGAGGUGCUGCGACAGCUGGAAGACUUUAGGCAGAAGAGGAUGAUGGGUAUGACCCCUAACGCGGCAGAGCUGCUGGAGGUGGAGUCUCACUACCCCACCGAUCGUAUCCCCAUGGAGAUGAAGGAGAAGGCCGUGGCAGAGACCCUGCUGGACAAAAUGUCUGAGAUCCAUCCCUCCAUCGUCGCAGACGAGGAGAAAUGUUCGUCGAUCUUUGCAGCAGUGGCCUUCUACAUGAAGCACCUAGGAGUGAAGUCCAGAGUAGCUGACAGUAAGAAGUCCAGAGGGUUCUUCAGGAGACCCCUUGGGAAGAAUAAGAAGAGUGAGGAGUCCACUAAAUCUAAACCAAAGGGGGGUUUUCCCAACAUCCUCAGCGCCGCCGGUGGCUGGAUUGCUGGCAGCACUGAGGUCAAACUUCCUAAAGUGGAGGCUGAAGUGGAUAAAGAGAAGGUGAAUCAUGAGCGUAAAGUUUCCAGCGGCCCCUUCCCCUCUCGAGGCUCCUCUGCCCCUGAUGCCGCCCCUCCAGCAAUAAACAGGAAGUCUGUUUCCACAGGAUCCUCCCCCCAUCAGGGUUUGGAGGUCAGCGAGGGCUCAGGGGUUCACAUCAGUGUGACCUCCAGCCCAGACUUCUCCCACAGCGAGAUAGGUCUGUUCAGCAGUCGUUCGGACCCCCAGUUGGUGGCGGAGGGGGGUGAGGUGUCCCCCGCGGGGAUGGCAGGGGGGCUGGCUAUAUGGGAGCCCCCCUCACCCAAUGAACCCCCCCUGGAGGAAAACCUGGACAAAGACAGACGCAAGACAAGGCGUGUGGGGCGCAGUGAGAGUGCUCGUGUGGACAGACAUUCCUCCCGUCGCCGUGGCUCCUCCCGGGCCAAACAGUCGCGUUCCCGUAGCGAUGUGGACCUGCAAGCCGCCGCCACGGCAGCACACUCCUCCCCGACCUCUCCCCACCCCUCUGUUGAUGAAGGGGUGUUACCCCCCGAGGGUGUGCUCCCAGGUCUUUCCCUCUCUGGCCCCACCCCCCAGCAGGAGGAACAGGACCCUCGCCUCCUGGAGCUGGAGCAGGACCCGCCCAACUGGAGAGAAACACCCCCCCCAGACACCCUCAAAGACCUCAGCAAGAAGGAGACCAAGCGGCAGGAGGUCAUCAACGAGUUGUUUGCGACGGAGCACGCCCACGUGCGCAUGCUGAGUGUUCUGCAGACCGUGUUCUGGAAGCCUCUGGAGAGAGAGGAACUCAUGACCGCCACAGAGCUGGCCACCAUCUUCCCCAGCCUGGACGAGAUCAUAGACAUGCACUAUGCUUUCUAUGAGCACCUGAAGAAGCUGCGUCAGCACAAUUUCAUCGUCAAGGCCAUCGGAACCACGUUACUCAAUAGGUUUGGAGGGACGGAGGGUGAGUGGUUUCAGAAGCUGACGUCUAGGUUCUGCAGUCACCAGACGUGGGCCCUGGAACAGCUGAAGAUGAGACAGAAGAAAGACCCUCGUUUCAACUCCUUCAUACUGGAGGCAGAGAGUAGGCCUCAGUGUCGUAGGCUGCAGCUGAAGGACAUCAUCCCCACUGAGAUGCAGAGGCUCACCAAAUACCCCCUGCUGCUGGAAAACAUCGCCAAGUGCACAGAGGACACCUUGGAGAAGGAGAGUAUUCAGCAGAGUGCAGAGUGCUGUAGGAAGAUCCUCAACCACGUCAACGAGGAGGUCAAACAGAUGGAGAACCUGCUGACCCUGAAAGACUACCAGCGCAGGCUGGACACCUCAGGACUCAAACCCAGUAACGAGCUGUACCUGGAGUACAAGUACCUUGACCUGGCCCAGAGAAGGAUGAUCUAUGAGGGGCCUCUGACCUGGAGGGUGACCAAGGAGAAAACUUUAGAAGUGCAGUGUGUGUUGCUGGGGGACCUGUUGGUGCUGUUACAGAAGCAGGAUGAUAAGAUGGUGUUGAAGUGUCAGAGUAAGAGUAACAUCGCUGUUCAGGAGGGCAAGCAGAUGCUCAGCCCUAUCAUCAAACUAGACUCUGCCUUCCUCCGAGAGGUGGCCACAGACCGUAAGGCCUUCUACGUGAUCUUCACCUGGGACAGCGGGGCUCAGAUCUACGAACUGGUGGCUCAAUCUGUCGGGGAGAGGAGGAACUGGACAGAUGUGAUCAAGAUGGCGGUAGAUGAGCUGAAGAAGACAGGACCUCCAUCUGACCUGAAGAGAGGAAACAGCAUCUUAACUGGAGGAGGAGGAAACCCAUACAGCCCCACCACGUUUCCUCAACCCCCUCUCAGCCCCACUGAAAAUGGAGGAGUCUUGUUGAAAAACAGCAUUGAACGAGAUAAGGACAUCCUGACUGAUCAGAUGAAGUCUGUGGACUCUCGUCAUUCGCUGAUUGAUUACCUCUCGGACAAAGGCUUCGACUUGAUUGGCCACAGCAACAGUGAUCAGGUGAAAGUGGCCAAUAGCGCGUUAAACGAAGUCAUGUCCCUCAAGAGGCUAUUGGUUGGCAGCAUCAGCCUAUCAGACAACUCACAGCUUGAUGAGGAGAAUGGAAGGGAGGGGCCAGAGAGCCAGGACCAAGGACUGCAAGGGGAGGAGGGUGGAGGGAUGAAGAUGGAGGAGGAGGGAGGGAUCAGUGCUCCUCUGGUUCUGUCCCAGGAGAGGAUGGAGGAGGUGCGCCAGAAACUGCAGAGUCUGGAGGUACAGCUGAAGAGACUGCAGAGUGUUGAGGAGGAGCACCACAGGCUGCAGCAGGCCCUGUCUAAGUUCUCCCUGGAGGGGGGCAACUUCUAGUGAGACACACAGCGCCACCUUCAGGACACCAGAUCACUGUAAGUGCUGGAUUGGAGUGCUCGAGUUGCUUUUGGAGGAUUGAUGAAUGCAUCCUGGAAUUUCCUAUUUACUAAACACUCUUUGUGCUCCACUGCCAUGCCUGAGCCCUUGUUAAAAAUGUACAGGGGGUCACAGCCAACCGUGAGGCCCUUGCAAGGCGGAGGAGAACGGCUUUACGCAAAGUAGUUGAGUAAUAAAAUGUGGGAGGUGUGUGUUUGAGGUGUGUGUGUUUGUGCAUGUUUGUGAACAUGCUAGUAUGUGCAAGUGAGUGAGCGUGUGAGAGAUGGGAGUUUUGCAAACAGGUGCCAAAGAUUGGAGCAGUAGUAUGAUGUGAGAGAGAUGCUGCCUGGGCUUAUUGAUUGUGAGCUUCUGCAACGCACACACACACACACACACACAACAGAUACUUCCCCCAGUGCAUGUUCAAUAAAUAUAUCUAUCAUUGCCAACUGUAGGGGUUUGGACUGUAUAAUAAACCCCCAUGUAUGCAUGUAGAGAGAGAUACUAGUGUCAGCCCUAUAGAGGGCGAUGUAGAGCUGUAGAACCAGACAGGAACAUGCUCAGAGUUGUGAAAUUCUGGUAACUUUUCCAAAAUUCACAGGUUUUCCCCAAAUCCUGGUUGGAAGAUUCCUGGAUUCAGGAGGGAAUAAGGAGGAAUUCUGGGAGUCCUUCAACCAGAGAUUUCUGAAAAACCUGAGAUUUUGGGGAAACUUUCCAAACCUAGACAUUUUACUGAACAUUUAGUAGGCCCCUAUAUCCAGUACAUACCAAAGUACAGCAGAGAUGGACUUUUAAUUUAGUAUAAUCCAAUUCAAGUGACCACCCACAUUGAAUUUGCAAAUAUUUAUUACUAUUAUUAUUAUAAUAUAUGCCAUUUAGCAGACGCUUUUAUCCAAAGCAACUUAGUCAUGCAUGCAUCCAUUUUUACAUUUUACCCCAGUUGUUGAGAAGAUCUGUGUGUGUGUGUUGGUGUGUAUAGUGUUGUAGAAGCAGAAUGGCCUUCUGGAGUUACUGUAAUAGAGUUCUGUUAGAACUGUAAUUAUGGCCCAAACAUUCAUCCAGUAGUAUUGGAAUUGAUCAUGUUGUUAGGGAUAUAGACGGUGUGUGUACUGCUUUUGACUUCAGCUGCCUCUCCUUUGGACCCUGCUACUGUGCUGGGCCGGGCGAUAGAGGGAUGGACAGAUGCACAGAGAUGGGAUGUAGAUUAGAGAUGGAGGGAUACAGCAAGGAAGGAAGGAGAGAAGGGGAGGCAGAAGGGUUUUUCCUUGGAAGACCAACUUGAUUAGCAGCGUAUUAGAUGGUGAGGGAGGUAUAUGUAGAGAGAAGACUUGAAGUUCAGUGUUCAAUGUGCUGUGGAAUCGGUUAUUGGGGCCUCCCUAGUGGUGCAGUGGUCUAAGGUACUGCAUCGCAGUGCUAGCUGUGCCAGUAGAGAUUCUGUGUUCGAGUCCAGGUUCUGUCGCAGCCGGCAGCGACAGGGAGACCCAUGGGGCGGCGCACAAUUGGCUCAGCGUCGUUCGGGUUAGGGGAGGGUUUGGCUGGCAUCGAUGUCCUUGUCCCAUCGUGCACUAGCGACUCCUGUGGCGGGCCGGGCGCAAUGCACGCUGACACGGUCGCCAGGUGUACGGUGUUUCCUCUGACACAUUGGUGCGGCUGGCUUCCGGGUUAAAUGGGCAUUGUGUCAAGAAGCAGUGUGGCUUGGUUGGGUUGUGUUUCGGAGGACGCACGGCUCUCGACCUUCGCCUCUCCCGAGUCCAUACGGGAGUUGCAGUGAUGAGACAAGACUGUAACUACCAAUUGGAUACCACGAAAUUGGGGAGAAAAAAGAGGUAAAAAAAAAUCUAUAUUAUAAAAUAAUCGGCUAUAGACAAAGUCAGUCAGACCCAUACGUGCUCUGAUACUCACAUUGCUUGGGAGCCCAGUGCAGUAACAAUGGUCACACAGGAGCACGGUCAUCACCUGUGUGAUGUGACUGGAGUCGACUUCCUGACUAGGGCUAGUAGCUGAUCCAUAAAGAAAGGAGACAUAUAGUAUUAUAUGCUGUAUGAUACGUUUUUUUGUCUGAUUAAAAGGUUAUAUUCUUUAA